AUGAGAAUGCAAACUAAGAGGCAUCCCCCUACUCCAGUAGCCGGGCCAGAUCUCUCGGGGCAAUAUUUUCAAUUUUUCAUUUUCUUUUUUUUAUUUGUAAGNCGUGAGCGGUUCCCUGUCCCAAGAUUGGUUGUGUGCGAUCAGCAUGGCUCCCAGGCAAGAUUCCUUUUGGCCAAGUUGAACCCGUCUGCAACGUACAAUAAUGCUCAUGAGAUGGCUGCUGGUUCAGACGUGAUCUUCACAGAUGAUGUGAGUCUUCAAGUGUUCUUCGAACAUCUUCAGAGGUUGGCUGUGCAAUCUUCUUGA